GGACCUCGGUCUAGUCCCUAAACAUUGGGGGGUCCGUGAUUGCCUUGUGAUGAUUGUGACCGAAUGUGCCUAGCUAACUUGCUUGGUCUCAAGCUUGUACAUCCAUGGAGGGUCUUGGUUGGAUGAUGUUUUGAUGUUCGUGUGGUGGAAGGGACGUUUAUGGGGGUGUAGGGGUCAACCUACGUGGCUUAAUGCACAUGGUGCAAGGGAGCACAAGGUUGCGUGGUUAUGGUGUUCUUGGGUGCAUGGCCGAGUGGUUUGGCCAAGGAAGGAUGAUGAUGGUUCGGAUUGGGCUGGCUAGGGGAAGGGUGAAAGCACCAAUCAAUGUUGGGAUUGUAUGGCUAGGGAGUGUCCGUGGUUAUUGGGGCAACUAGGGUUGGGGAGGUGAUGAUGGUUCGGAUUGGGAUGGCUAGGGUUGUCAUGUGAAGGGUGGUCUAGGCAAGGGUAGGUUAUUGGUCGUUGGGGUGGUGAAUGGUUAGUCUAAGGUGGGAAGGAUGAUGGUUUAUGAUGGUUUGACUGGAUGGUUGGCUAAUGGUGGCUAUGGUUUAUGACAUGUGGCAAGGGGAUCCGUGUGGUAUUGGUUGCCUAGGGUUGGUGGUGUAAUGGGUGUGGGUGGUGCAUGUAAGCACAAGAUGGUUUGGCCGUGAGGGGGGUUUCAUGUUGGUGUGGCCGAAUGGUUGGGUUAAUGAUGGCUACGGCUUAUGGUGGCUAAGGUGUUUGGGUGUGGGGCUUGGUUUUAGUGAUGUGUAGGCUAGGGUUGGUUGACAAGGUGAGAUGAGUUGGUGAGGGUCUUAGCUAGGGUUUCCCGCAUGGCUAAGGUGACAUGGGUUGGUCGGCCAUUGGGGGUUAGGGUUUUGGCUAGUCUUGGUUGGGUGUGCAUGGUGAGGGCUGCUUGGGUAGGCCGAGUGUGGGUGUGGUUGGGCUUGGCUAUUGUGGAUAGUCGGAAGCUUAAGACAACAUUAAGAUCAAGGCAUCAUGAUGAACAUUAGCUUCUAUCUUUUGGGAUUCAUGGUUUGAAUCCAAAAGAUGAAAAGGUAGUUCAAUGAACGUGAUGAACAUGGCAAGGAUAUGAAGAACCAAGACAUGUUCGGAAAUGGUAAAGGGAAACCAAGAAAAGAUAAUACUAGAACGGAACAAAUAAAGGGAUAAUGCAAAUGGAAGGACAACUUGUAUCACUUCCAUUUACGGAUUGCAAGUAAUGCUUCUAUCUUUUGGGAUUCAUGGUUUGAAUCCAAGAGAUGAAAGGAUAGCUCACGAAAAGGAAAGCAAGAACAUGAAGAACAAAACAAUAAAAAGGUUGACACAAAUGUAAGAUAACUCGAAUCACCUCUAUUCACGAAUUGCAAGAAGAGUUUCUCCCUUUUGAGAUUCAUGGGUUGAAUCCAAAAGGUGCUAGUUUGAACCACUCCAAUUCACGAAUUGCAUGGAGUAUUUCUCUCAAGGGGAUUCACGAAUUUCACCCCAUGAGCCCAAGUGCAAAGCACCGAAUUUGUGGAAUACUUCAACCAUGAAGUAUUCCUCUCAUGAGGCUUAACCCCCAUGAGCCCUACCAAUGGCAAAUGCCAAAGGUCCCAUCUUGAAGGGUUCCCCCUACAAGCCUAUAGUCUCUUCUUCUUAUGAUCUACCAAGAUGAUCCUAUACAAUGACUAAGUGCCUUAUUUAUAGGCAAAGCAUGAAAUAAAAGGAAAUAAACAAAUAAAAGAAAAUACAUAAAGAAAUGUCUUGGAGGACCCCACGGGUGGUUCAUGGGCUGUUGGAUCCGUGGUGGCCUUGGUGGCUUGGUGCUGGAGGCAUGGUCCUUGUGCUGUGCGGCAUGGCUUGGUUGGCCUGGCUGGCGUGGUGCUGGAGGCAUGGUCCAGAUGCUGUGUGGCAUGGCCAGGGCUUGGUCGGAGUGGUGCAGAUGGCCUGGUCUGGUGCUGCCUAGCAUGGACUGGUGCUGUGCACGUGCAGGUGUCAGUGCAUGGUCAUGCACAUGGCUUUGGUCGGGCAGGUGCAGGUGCCAGCAGGUGCUGGUGCGUGGCCUGCUAGGCUCUGACAUGGUUGGUGCCGUGCAGGUGCUGGUGCGUGGCCUGCUAGGCUCUGACAUGGUUGGUGCCGUGCAGUGCCUGGUGGCUUGCUGGUGGACCAUGGCUCGCAGGCUGUGCGUGCUGAUGGCCCUGCGGAUGGGCUUGCUGGUUGCCCUGCGCAUGGCUUGCGCGCUGCGCGUGGCUGGCCCAUGCGUGGUGUGCUGAUGCUGGUCCAGCGCAUGGGCUGCGUGCUGUGCAUGUGGCUGGCCGAUUCUCCAGCCUUGUGGGGGACCUUGGGCG